GAUGCUUCUCAAGUCUUCCGUCGCUGCCGUGGCCCUCCUCUCGGGCUCGGCUCUGGCUGCUGCCACCCCGUCGCUCCAGGACUUUGCCACCAACUUCACUCAGGGCGUCAAUGCCCUUCUGGCUGCCAACAAGAUUCAUUCCCAGGGAAUCUACUACAUUGGCGCCCUGAAGGAUGUCCAGAACACCGUCUGGACGACCGUUCUGCCGUUGGGCGAGGACGGCCGUGGCAAGGUCGCAGCCGAGGUCGACAAGCUCUUUGACGUCUGGGUCAACCGCCAGUCCAAGAUCAACCACUACAACUACGACGCCAUGCCCGUCAAAGACAACAUCACCAAGAACUACCAGUCCUACGAUGACGAGACCAAGUUCCACCUCGACCUGGCUCGUCUCUUCAUGUCGCUCCGUGACCAGCACACCAACUACAACGUCCCCGCACCCUAUGCCUGCGUCCGUGCACUCUUGCCCUGGGGCUUCGACUUUUUGCAAAACAACAACUACGACGACCCCACCGUUGUUGUGUCUGCCAUUGGCAACUUUGGCCCUGGCGUCGACCCCAGCGUCGUGUACGGCCCUGCCUUGACCGCCCAGCUCGCCCAGAUCUCGCUUGGCGACGAGCUCGUUGGCAUCGAUGGCGAACGUCUGGGUCCUCUCUACUUUGCGCAAUACCAAAACCUCACCAACGGCGCCAAUGACAUGGGCGGCAUGCGUUACUUCACCAACCUGCUCUUUUCUAUGCGCAUCGGCGCCUGGGCUCCCCUCCCCAACAGUGUCGAAGACGGCCGCACCUAUACUUUCAAGAAGCAUAACGGCAAGACCAUCAAGGUCAAGGUUCCUUACCUGGCUCGCAUGCGCCAUGACUGCGUUGCUCCCCUCACCACCCCCGCCAACACAUCCAGCCUUCUCGAGCCCACCAGCGCUGUUGAGAACAAGGUCGCCCCCAAGCCCAAGCUCAACCAAUUCAAGCUCCAGUACCUUGACGAGUUCAACGAGAUCUACGACAAUAGCGCCUAUCCAACUUACACCCCGACUCCCGAUGGCAAGCUCCACUACACCAUCUACAAGGAGCAUGGCCACAACCUCGGUGUCAUUCGUCUCGAUGACUUUGAGCCUACCACCUCUGUUGACCAGAUUCUUCUUCUCAUCCGUGGCCUCCUCGUUAACGAGCUCGCUAACACCGACGCUGUCGUCUUUGACAUCCGCAGCAACGGCGGCGGCAUCAUCGACAUGGCUAACUCGAUCCCGCAGCUGUUCAAACCUGACUAUGACACCAGUGGUGCCCGUCUCCUGAUCUCCAACACCAACACUGCGAUGAUGCAUGCCCCCGCGGCCGUCCCCGAGGGCCUCGGCAACUGGGUCCAAGCCUACGACUCGGGUCUGGCCAAGAACGCCACCCUGGGUGACAUUGCCUUUUUUGACGACGAUACGUCCGUCAAUUUGCUCGGCAACGCUUACCUCAAGCCCGUCGGCGUUUUCAACGACGCUGUGUGCUACUCGGCUUGCGACAUGUUCUCUGCCAACAUGCAGGACAGCCAGACCGCCGUGAUCUUUGGCCAAGACCACCAGACAGGCGGCGGCGGCGCCAACGUCGUCGAGCACCAUGGUUUCCUCGUCGCCUACAGCAACGACAACGCCAACAUCUUUGGUGGCAGCCAGAUCUUCAGCGAUCUGCCGUACUGGGACUACAACGCCAACUCGCCCGGUGCCGGUACCAGCAACCAGGGCAACCUGGCGAUGCGUGUCGGCUGGAGACAGUCGGUGCGUAACGGCAUCCACGCCGGUGCCCUGAUCGAGGACGACGGUAUCAUUGCCGACUACACCCGCCGCCCCAACUGGGACGAUCUCUUUGGCAACCGCACUGCCUCGUCUCAGUUUGAUCUGAUUGCCAAGACCCUGAAGCACAAGGGCUCCAUCACCGGCCAGAACGGACGCACCUUCAUCUCCGAGCCGCUCUAUCGCGACAUCCCUGUUGGCUCCAAGGUCGCCAUCAACGGCACCUUCAGCAACCUGGCCAACUUCCAGGUUUCCGUCAACGGCACCGUCGUUGGUUCGGCCAAGAACCGCUACACCAAGUCCAAGCAGAACCUCAAGAUCGUCACCAACUACGCCCCCACCGACCUCGGCACCUUCACGGCCACCAUCAGCGCCUCGGAUCAUGCCGGCAAGCCCGUCAUGAAGACCAACCGUAUCUUCCGCGUUGUUCCUGCUGCCAAGCUCACGGCCGUGCCCUUUGACUUUGACUUCAAGACCAUCCCGCCCUUUGCCGGCAUCUACAACCCUACCUCUCCGGCCAGUCACGGCUGGUUCCUCAGCAACGGCACCCUCGCCAUCGGCGUCGGCCCGGAUGGCCACUACUUUGACAACACCGAUACAUCCUUUGUCGCCUUUGUGUCUCUGCCUGCUGGCCAGUACAAGCUCUCGGUCGCUGCCACCGUCGACAGCGAGUACACCUUUGACUUUUUCCGGGUGAAUGUCAAGUACGGUAACGGCACCGUCACCAACCUGCUUGCGGCCUGCCAGAACCCCGACCGAAGCCCCAACCAGGUGUCCCAGACCUUUGUGAUUGACGGCAGCGCCUCCGAGGUCACUCUGGAGUUCACCUCCGACACCAACACCAACUUCCCCGAUGGUGCCCAUGUCACCAAAUUCAGCAUCGACGCCCUCUAAGUACCUUGCUGGUCUGAGGCUUGUGUCUACUUGUUGUGGCUGCAGCAUUGCCGGCUGCCGGUCGCCUGCUCCUUCCCACUGGUUCGUGUCGACUUUCUCAAUCCUCAAUCCUUGUCCCCUUGUAUCCUCGGCCUCGUCCGGCGUAGUUCUAUGAAUCUCUCCUUCCCAUAAUCCCCCCCCCGACCGGGUUCUAUGUGCAGCCGCGCAUGUCGCCGCAGCCCAAUGCCUAUGCUCAAUAAAUGUGCGUAUCUAUGCC